AUGAUCCUGAGUGCUCUCUCCUCUCUCCUGACGCUUAGCCGCUCCGUCGGCCGGAUAAUUUGUUCGGUGAUGCUGGAUAUGAUAGCUGCGAGUCUGCGUAAUCAAGGAGAGGAUGCGAUCCGGGGGAAGUUCAACUGUGCUGCCAACGACACUGACUACCAAGGAGAGGGUAGGGUCGGCGAAAGAUCGGAAGAUCUGGAUGAAGGGUUGAUUGUUCACCCAGGGAGAUGGAGGUAUUGGCCAUACAAUCUCAAUACCAUUCCCCCGCCCUGCAACACGAAAGAGUGA